AAUAAUUUAUUCACUUUCUUUUCGGGAAGAGGGCCAACAUUUGGGUCUCUUUUGUUGUGUGUUCCUUUCAAUGGUUGAAUUAUAGAAACCCAAACAAAUCAUUCAUUUUAAUCCCCUUACGAAUUUAGUAAUGAAGAAAAACUAACGCAAGAUGCGAUCUUUGAUUUGAUUUUGGGAGUGUGGUUGAAUAUAGACCGUUGGCUUUUCCAUUUUCGUUAUUAGAUAGUGAGAAUUACAGUCGGACAAAACCCCAAAAAAAUAAACAGGUAGAAAUGCACGGAGGUGAUGAGGUGGUCGCAGCUCCUUCACGACCGUCAGAACCGUUGGAUUGGAAAUUCUCUCAGGUAUUUGGUGAAAGAACCGCUGGAGAAGAAGUUCAAGAAGUUGAUAUUAUAUCUGCCAUUGAAUUUGAUAAAACCGGGGAUCAUCUUGGCACUGGCGACUGCGGGGGACGUGUUGUUCUCUUCGAGAGGACAGACGCAAAGGAUCAUGGCGUAUCAAGAAGAGAUCUGGAGAUAAUGGAUUAUCCAAUUAGUCGGCACCCUGAGUUUCGUUACAAGAUGGAGUUCCAAAGCCAUGAGCCUGAGUUUGACUAUCUCAAGAGCUUGGAAAUAGAGGAAAAAAUCAAUAAAAUCAGGUGGUGUCAAACAGCCAAUAGUGCCCUUUUUCUCCUUUCCACCAAUGAUAAAACCAUCAAGUUUUGGAAGGUACAAGAAAAGAAAGUCAAGAAAAUUUCUGACAUGAAUUUGGAUCCAUCAAAAGCUGUAGGAAGUGGCAGUGUUGCUAGUUCAAGUAGUUCAAGUAGCCCAAAAACUUGUCUUGUGAAUGGAAGCUCCUUCGAUGGAUCCUACAACAAGUUGAGCAAUGAUUUUUUAUCACCAGGAGGCCUUCAAUUGUUGCGUUUACCUGCGGUAGUAACAAGUCAGGAGAUCAACCUAGUGGCUAGAUGUCGAAGGGUAUAUGGCCAUGCUCAUGAUUAUCACAUCAAUUCUAUUUCAAAUAACAGUGAUGGGGAAACUUUUAUAUCAGCUGAUGAUCUACGUAUAAAUCUUUGGAACUUGGAAAUUAACAGUCAAAGUUUCAAUAUUGUUGAUGUAAAGCCUGCAAACAUGGAGGACCUAACUGAGGUUAUAACAUCAGCUGAGUUUCACCCUACCCACUGUAAUAUGCUAGCUUAUAGUAGUUCAAAGGGUUCAAUUCGCCUCAUUGAUUUGCGGCAAUCAGCUUUGUGUGAUUCUCACACCAAACUGUUUGAAGAACCGGAGGCACCUGGUUCUAGAUCAUUUUUUACAGAGAUAAUUGCCUCAAUCUCGGAUAUUAAAUUUUCAAAGGACGGAAGAUAUGUUCUUAGCCGUGAUUACAUGACUCUUAAGUUGUGGGACAUCAACAUGGAUUCAGGUCCAGUUGCAACAUUCCAGGUUCAUGAAUAUUUACGACCUAAGCUGUGUGAUUUGUAUGAAAAUGAUUCAAUUUUUGACAAAUUUGAAUGUUGCCCAAGUGGUGAUGGAUUGCGAGUGGCAACGGGUUCCUAUAGCAAUCUAUUCCGUGUAUUUGGUUGUGCCCCUGGAAGCACCGAGUCGACAAUUUUGGAAGCCAGCAAAAUUCCAAUGAGGAGACAAGUUCAGACUCCCACAAGGCCUUCCAGGCCCCUAAGCAGUAUAACACGUGUUGUUAGACGAGGAUCAGAGACUCCCGGUGUUGAUGCGAAUGGAAAUGCUUUUGAUUUCACAACAAAGCUGCUGCACCUAGCAUGGCACCCAACUGAAAACUUUAUUUCCUGUGCUGCUGCAAACAGCUUAUACAUGUACUAUGCAUAAAGAUAAUCCAAGAAAUGUACUUGGCUUAACCUUUUUUCUGGUAGUCGAUGGUGAAAGCUCCUUUCCCGUUCCUUCCAAGCAGCGAAUUGAAGGCUAAAACGAGUCCCACCCUCCAGUGUUUGUCUCCCAAAAUCCGAAGCAUGCUGUUUAGUCUCAAGAUCAAGAAAUGGCUGUCACAGAUCCAAGAGGAUGCCAACCUAUCACUGUUCACAGGUUUGCACAGCUUAAUUCUCGGUAUCUUGUGUCUUGUCCUCUUCUCUCGAUCCCUGGAAAGCCCUUCAGCAUGUUCGUUUCAUUUUCCUCUUUUAUACUUCCUCCUGGAAGAUGGAGUAAUGUUUUUAGAUUUGUGUUGCGUUGAAGUUGGCAGCAAAACGUGAUUGUAGCUCCCCUACAAGAAAACUAAAGGAUGUUCUAUAUUUGCCACUUAGGUUUAAGGUAAAUGUUGGUGGGAAGUAGCUGUCAAAACUGUCAGUGCAAUUUUUUUAUUGAUUCUUUUGUCAUGUUUGGAACUUCAUCCUUCAGUUUUAGGUAAUUGUAUCUUUUUCUUCUCAAUCAAAGGAGGUAACCUAUUGAUGGA